AUGGCAUGCUUUGACUUUGAUGACGGUUUCGUUGCUUCGAUCAAUGCAGAACCGUUCUACAAAACGCGUAACAUGUGGGACGAUGAAGAACCUGAGUAUGAGCACUAUGCCGACGUUUUCGAGCUCUACGAUUGCGACUGGUGGUUCUACCAGGAGAGGAAGAACCUAGAAGAAACCGACUUGGAUAGAAAAGUGAGAGCAAUGGGAGAACAAACGAAAAGAAGACUUCAACGCCGCGCUAGGAGAGAAGUUGAGCUACAGUAAGUUUCUUUACUUAAAGCAUGGUAUGACACUGAUUUUGCAAAGUAUCUUUUAAGAUUAUUGUAUAAAUUACUUUUCAGACAAGCAGCUGUUAGUAGCAUGUACUGUCCCAUAUUCUUGCAGUACAUGUUAGCUUCGGAAAGCCACCGUUAUCACCACACAUACGACAUGGGAAGCAUGCAGCAAUACAAGUACGAUGCUUCGCAGGAUCGAAUUUGGCUGAAACCGCAUGCCAAAAAUGUCAAAAUGGCAUGCGGUGCUAUCAAACAAAUGGCAGGAAAAAACGAAUUAUUGUUCAAAGAAUUGGAAGAAACGAUGAAAUCGUUUUGCAAUGAGUAAGUUUAACAUUUUUGCUUGUGUCAACCUACAGUCACAAUUAUAUUACCUUAUUGUCAGUUUUUUAUUAAUUAUUUGCGCUUUCAGAAGAAUGCCCGACCGACAGUCAAAACAGGCAAUCAACACCCUUUUCAAUAUAUUGAAAAGUCAACUCCACCGGGCUUUCCCUCAGUAUAAGCUUAGGGCGUACGGAGGUUCGCACAACGGAUUCGGCCAAAAAUGCUCUGACCUUGACCUGACGUUGCUUCGGUGAGUAUUCAUACUAUUUUUUUAAUUCUUUUUUGUAAAUAAACAAUUUUUGCAAUAUAACCAAUGAUUAUUAUAGCGACGAGAAUCUUUCUAUUAUGGACGUUUAUGACGUGCUGAACCAAGAAGACAACAAAAAAGAGUCGGGACUAAUAGAUGCUGAAUUGAUUCAACACACAGCUGUAAGCUUUUUACUUUUCAUGUUGAGUUUUUGCUAAUGUAUUGUGCUAUAAUUAACUUACUUCAGGUACCGGUUGCAAAAAUGGUAUUCAGAAGGUCCAGUCAAGACAUCGACGUGGACUUUACCAUCAACAAUCAUGAAGGAGUAGAAAACACAAGGCUACUGCAAAAGUACUCUAAGUAAGUUUUUAAUUGUGCAUUAAGAAGUUUUUAAUUGUAUUUUAAGAAAUGCUUAUUAACAAUGCCAUUUAACUUAUUAAUUUAAUUAAUUUCAGAAUUGACAAAAGAGUAGCCCAGCUGUACGCAGUAAUAAAGAACUGGGCCAAAUACAACAAAAUGCAUGGAGGCAAAGACAAAAGAUUCAAUUCUUAUAGUCUUGUACUGUUGGUAAUUAACUUCUUGCAAAAAGGAGUAUCACCAGCAGUCCUGCCGCAUUUAGAUGGAAAGAACCGACUACAGGACACAGUUUGGACGCUGCAGACGCGUGUGGCAAAGCUGUAUUCCCGUAAGUACUAGUUACUUUAUAAACUAACUGAUUUAGAUUAACAAUUUGAAAACGUUGAAAAGUGCUUUGAAUAUUUAUAUAAUACAACAAACUAACAAACUUACUUUUAGCUUCAGCAAAACAACCAAUGACAUUACCGGAACUUGUCAUUGGCUUCAUGAACUACUACGCAGUUUUUGACAAUACGGAAUGGUAUGUCGAUAUAAACUGCUCUUAUUUCCGGAAUCGGAAUCAGUUCAAGGAGCCAAGUUUUGAUGGGGAAAGGAUACCGCUGCUGAUAAAGUGCCCGGUUUAUGGAGAACAUCCAACACGCAACGUGAGUGAAGAAUGCUACACCACGUUCAGAGGGAAAAUCAACGAGUUUAAUAAAAUGGUUCGGGAAACCCUGCAAAAGUACGCCGACAUCAACACGGGGCGCCAAAAGUUCUUAGAACACCUCGGUAUUGGAUAG